UCUCCCGGCGUGCCCAGCAGUGAUGGCCUUAGUGUGCCGGCUGCACUGGUUGCAGGCGACGAUGCGGCAGGCAGGGAGUAUGGUGGCCCGACUGGGCUCGCGCCUGUGGGCGCCCUGCUCUGUUCUGGGUCGGCCAUUCAGCUGUGCACAGGACUCACUCUGCAGGACGCCACUCUAUGACUUCCACCUGGACCACAGAGGGAAGAUGGUGGCGUUCGCUGGCUGGAGCCUGCCUGUGCAGUACCGGGACAGUCACACUGAAUCGCACCUGUAUACACGUCGGCACUGCUCACUCUUUGAUGUGUCCCACAUGCUGCAGACCAACAUAUUUGGUAGUGACCGGGUGAAGCUGAUGGAGAGUCUAGUGGUUGGAGACAUUGCAGAGCUGAAGUCAAACCAGGGGACACUGUCAUUGUUCACCAAUGAGGCUGGAGGUAUCCUAGAUGACUUGAUUGUGACCAACACCUCUGAGGGGCACCUGUACGUGGUAUCCAAUGCUGGCUGCCGGGACAAGGACUUGGCCCUCAUGCAGGACAAAGUCAGGGAGCUUCAGAGCAUGGGCAGUGAUGUGGGCCUGGAGAUAGUGGAUAAUGCCCUGCUGGCCCUGCAAGGCCCCACCGCAUCCCAGGUGCUGCAGGCCGGUGUGGCAGAUGACCUGAGGAAGCUGCCCUUCAUGACCAGUGCUGUGAUGGAGGUGUUUGGUGUGUCUGGCUGCCGUGUGACCCGCUGUGGCUAUACAGGGGAGGAUGGUAUGGAGAUCUCGGUGCCAGCAGUGGAAGCAGUCCGCCUGGCAACAGCUCUGCUGGAAAAUCCAGAGGUGAAGCUGGCAGGGCUGGCGGCCCGGGACAGCCUGCGCCUGGAGGCAGGCCUCUGCCUCUAUGGGACUGACAUUGACGAACACACUACACCUGUGGAGGGCAGCCUGAGUUGGACAUUGGGGAAGCGCCGCCGAGCUGCCAUGGACUUCCCUGGAGCCACUGUCAUUGUUCCUCAGCUGAAGGGCAGGGUACAGCGGAGACGUGUGGGGUUGAUCUGUGAGGGAGCCCCAGUGCGGGCACACAGCCCCAUACUGAGCACGGAGGGUACUGUGAUCGGUACUGUGACCAGUGGCUGCCCCUCUCCUUCUCUGAAGAAGAACGUGGCAAUGGGUUAUGUGCCCUGUGAAUAUAGUAAGCCAGGGACCCUGCUGCUGGUAGAGGUGCGGCGGAAGCAGCAGGCAGCUGUGGUCACCAAGAUGCCCUUCGUGCCCACAAACUACUACACUGUCAAGUGAGGAUAGCUUAGGGCAGGGCCCAGCCCUCAGGAGCCUUGCCCUGGAGGGCAUGCUACAAGUAGCUAGUCAGGAAGCUGAGGUGGAACACACUAGGGGCUGGCUCUGGUUGUCUGGUUGGGGGAGUGGGGCACACCACCUAUCCUCUUCCUUCCCCCAUGUCACUCCAACUUCAGGAUCCUGUUUCUGAGCCACAGACCAGCUUACACAAUAUCCUGGCUCAGCCCAUGUUCCCAAUGACCUCAUUCUUGCCUGCUGGAGGGCUGUGAGAAUCUGGUGUCUCUCCUUUCCACUCUGCCAGGUUCUGGCUGUGAAGCAAAGGCUUACCUUUGUGGGGAGGCUAAGUCUGCCUAACCUACCUCGCAAUACUGUUUCUCACACUGAAAAGGCCUACUACUUUAGGCAGUGUGGGUUCGGGCCAUUUCCUCCAGUUUGCUUUCUACAAAUGGAAACUGCUGCCUCUCCCUUGGCAGGAAUGACUCAUGACUCAUAGAGGAUUGGCCCAGUAGGGCUGCUGUGCCUGUGUAUAAACUUGGGGAAGGCUGAGGGGGCAUGGACUCACUCUUCCACAUUCCUGAGCUGGCUCAGCCUGCUGCCCGGUAGGAAACCAGGCCAGGCUCGGCUCACCGGUUGUCUUGAGCCCCAGGGCUGCUGUAAGGCCAGGCCAGGUCUCCCAGGCCUGCCUUAUCCUGAGCUGAUCUUCACCCCUGGGGCCCCUUACUGGAUGCCACCGACUCCUGAAAAAAUUAAAUGAGCUUCCUUCUUCCCUU